UAGAUGACAGCUCCUGCAAGCUUAUUGGCCAAAUUCGAGAUGUUAGUCGCGUAAUGGAAGAAGAGGAAAGCUCGCAGUCUGCCUAUAAUCCCGAAACCGAUGAAAUUAAUUGGGAUUGUCCAUGCCUUGGUGGCAUGGCCAAUGGCCCUUGUGGUGAACAGUUUAAGGUGGCCUUCUCAUGUUUCGUGCACUCAACCGCCGAACCUAAAGGCAUGGAUUGUCUGGAAGCCUUUAAAGAAAUGAAUAACUGUUUUAAAGAACAUCCAGACGUAUAUGAGAUCGCUGACGAUGACGAUUCGGAGGAAGAAGAUCAAGAAAUACCAAAAACUUUAGUAAAUGACCAAGAGGCGUCAGAAACUAGCACAAAAAAUGAUCAAAAUACGUCAGCUUCAGCUUGA